UGUUUUCCCUACAACCCACAAGAAGGGGAGUUACCUUUCUCCUUCUUCUCAAAUGGCGGUCGACAAGAACAACUUAGACGAAGAAGCGUUAAGUUUACGCUUUUACAAAAUUGUUCUCAGUUGGGACUACCUUCGUCUCCUCAAAGAAUCCGAUCGGAAGAAGGGGAAAGGGGAUGAUGACAACGCUCUUGUUCUGAAAAAAGCAAAGAAUUCGUAUACAGAUGUUCAAGAUUAUCUUGCAACAUUCGAACCUCUUUUAUUUGAAGAAGUUAAAGCUCAAAUAAUACAAGGGAAAAAAGAUGAUGAUGAAGAAGAGACACUUUGGAUGAAGGCAGUAACUGUAGGGUGCAGUGAGAUUGACGGAUUUCACUUUCCAAUGAUUUCCUGUAGUGAUUCUGAAUCAAUACAACAGAAUGAUCUGUUGUUACUUUCAAAUAAGGAGUUUGGAGAUGGUAAGAGACUCCCAACUGCAUAUGCGUUUGCGUUGGUUGAGGAUCGUCGACCAGACAAAAUAAGACUUCGGAUGCACCUUAGCGGAGAGGUCAAACAAUUGAAUACACAGGAAAUCGAAGCUUGCUCUAGGCUUUUGAGUAUGCGUCCUCUUGUUACCGAAAAUGCAAAACUUUUGCAUGUUCUUAAGAUAUGCAGUUUAUCAACUAUAGCCCGUGAAUAUGUUGCUCUGCGGUCAGUGAGCUCCCUCCCAUUCAAGGAUUUGAUACUAUCAGCAGCUGAUAGCAACCGUUCUACAGAAGAUCAUGCCUGGAAAAUAUCUAGACCAUUGAAGGAAUUUCUUGAAAGCAAUCACAACAAGUCUCAGCUUGACGCUAUUAAUGCAGGGCUUUCCCGGAAAACUUUUGUGUUAAUACAGGGUCCACCAGGGACUGGAAAAACACAAACCAUACUUGGGAUUCUCAGUGCCAUUUUGCAUGCAACUCCUGCUAGAGUACACUCCAACAGGGUGAAGUUGAGCAGUGUAAAACGUGGACCAGAAUUAUCCAUGUCAGACAAAUACAAACACUGGGGACAAGCAUCCCCAUGGUUAGGUGGGAUUAAUCCUCUAGACCAAGAAAUGCCAAUAGAUGGGGACGAUGGAUUUUUCCCUACAUCUGGCAAUGACUUGAAACCAGAAGUAGUCAAUUCCAGUCGAAAGUAUCGUGUUCGUGUUCUAGUUUGUGCUCCGUCAAAUUCUGCUCUCGAUGAGAUUGUAUUGCGCAUUCUAAACACUGGUAUCCGGGAUGAAAAUGACCGUGCAUACAGUCCUAAAAUAGUACGAAUUGGUCUUAAAGCUCAUCAUUCAGUGCAGGCAGUCUCCAUGGAUUACCUAGUGGAACAAAGGCUGUCCGGCAUGGACUCACAAAUUGGUGAUAGGCAGAAGCAAGGAGGGCCUGUGAAAGAUAAAGACAGCAUUCGUGCUUCUAUUCUGGAUGAGGCUGUAAUUGUGUUCUCCACUCUUAGCUUCAGCGCUUCCCCUGUUUUCACUAAAUUGAAUCGUGGUUUUGACGUUGUUAUAAUAGAUGAAGCUGCUCAAGCUGUGGAACCAUCGACACUUCUCCCUUUGUCCAAUGGAUGCAAACAAGUAUUCCUGGUCGGUGAUCCAGUUCAACUACCAGCCACUGUGAUCUCACCUAUUGCUGGAAAAUUUGGAUACUGCACCAGCUUAUUUGAGAGAUUUCAGAGGGCGGGAUAUCCAGUACAGAUGCUGAAGACUCAAUAUCGCAUGCAUCCAGAGAUAAGGAACUUCCCUUCCAGAGAAUUUUACAAGGAGGCUCUUGAAGAUGGGCCUGAUAUUGAAGAGCAGACAAAGCGCUCUUGGCACGAAUACCGUUGCUUUGGACCUUUUUGCUUUUUUGACAUUCACGAUGGGAAGGAGUCCCAGCCAUCUGGAAGUGGUUCUUGGCAAAAUGUUGAUGAGGUUGAAUUUGUGCUUGCAAUGUAUCACAAACUGGUCUCCAGAUAUCCAGAGCUUAAAUCAAGUUCCCGGUUAGCUAUUAUAUCACCAUAUAGGCAUCAAGUCAAACUCUUGCGUCAAAAGUUCCGAGAAACCUUUGGAGUGGAGUCUGACAAGGUAGUUGAUAUCAACACUGUUGAUGGUUUCCAGGGACGUGAAAAGGACGUUGCAAUAUUUUCAUGUGUUCGAGCAAGCAAAGAUAAAGGCAUUGGUUUUGUUGCUGAUUAUCGGCGAAUGAAUGUUGGCAUAACCAGAGCUCGGUCUUCUGUCCUGGUUGUUGGUUCUGCAUCCACGUUACGAAGAGACGCACGUUGGCAAAAUUUAGUUGAGAGCGCGGAGAAGAGAAAUGCGCUCCAUAAGGUCUCCAAGCCCUAUGCUGAGUUCUUCAGUCAGGAGAAUCUCAAAUUAAUGCAAGUGGAAGUUGUGCAUGACAAAUCUGAGGCUCCUCCAGAAGAUAUGGACAUUGAAGUGUCCAUUACUGCUGAAGCUGAUCAAGCCCCACAGGAUGACUGGGGUUAUGCUGGAGAAGAAGGGGGCUACGAUGAGGACUAGAGACUGAAUUUCAAUUGAUUAUUAGGAGCUUGGAACAACUUGAUAUAAGAUUUGUAA